ACUAAUAAGGAAGAGAAAGAGAGAAAGCAGAGAGGGAGGAUAAUGGUGAAAGAUUUGGACGGAUUGACAGAAGAUGAAAGGAAAGCAUUGAGAGGUAGUAAAUUUGCUCCACUUCCUCCACCACCAAAAUCUUCUUUGAAGACUCAACCUAGGCUUGCGCACCCAGGUGGACCUAUAGCUACAAACAAAGCGGCUGCUUUAGCAAAAUUUCUUGAAAGAAAACUGCAGGACCCAGAUGGCUUGGCUUCUAUAAAUCCAGCUCUUAUUGAGCGUGCUGUCAAAAAUGCGAAAGACACAGUAAAAGCUAGUGGGUCUUCGAGUUCGGGAUAUGUAAUUCGGCAUGUUUCCUCCUUUGGCGACUCAGAGAAUUUGCAGGAUUCUGACGAAGAAAUUCCGAGAAAAAUGAAAGAUAAAGCAUCAAAAGUCAAGCUUAAAGGACAGAAGCUGAAGAAAAAGAAGAAAAAAAAGGCAAAACAAUAGAGGGAGGAUUCAUUGACAGGGCCUGUGUUCACAUGAUAUAACAGGCAUUUAUAAAACCUUUGGAUUAUUGGAUCCCAAUACAAAACAUGGAUUUGAUCAAUUUUGUCAGCUCUUAUCCGGGUACUCAGGACAGGACCGACCAACCAACAACACGUUGGACGUUUCAACUCUUCUUUCUCUCAGGCGUGAUUUCUCUCCUCCCCUUCCCUGGCGACCUUGAGAACGAAGGGGAACUGAUGAAAUUAAAGGUUUCAUACCUAAAGUGCUUUGGUUACUUUACAAAUUAAUAUUUGUAUUAACAAGGGCUUGUUUUUUUUGAAGCAUAAUUUGGGGUUUGUACUGUAUUGAGUAUCCAAUUAAUAUUUCCAUGGGGGUUUAUAUUGGUUUCUCAAGUCAACUAGUAAGUUGAUUAGCUUGAUAUACAGGGGGAAGUUUCGAUACUA